AUUAAGUAAAACUUUGUUAUUGGCUUCUGUUGCCAACUUUUGAUCAUGGACUAGAUCGAAGACGAAGAUAAUAUAAACAUUUUGGUUUUUAUCGUAAUGUGACAAGUAAAGUCGAGAAAAAUGCUAAGUCCUGCUGAAAAAUAUGGAUUAGAGAACUUACUUGAGGAACUUGAAAGCGAGGACUUAUUUUCUCUCUUUCAUACUAUUACAAAAGGACGAAUUCGUGGGACUAAAAAUCGCAGUGAGGCCAUCACAACAAUUCUAUCUUGCAUUGAAAAACCAACUGAGGUUUUAAAGAGGCAAAAAAUUACGAUAAAAGUUUUAUCAUCCUACUUAAGAAAGCUUUGUGGAUCCAUUUCUUUAGAUAAUUCUAGACUGGAGCUUAUAGACAGGUGCUUACAAGAAUGGAAGAGUACAGAUACUUCACGGGCCAUGGAUUGUUGGGAGCCAGAGAAGGAAGAAACAGAAACUCCUUCUAAAUCAGUAAUUCCUACAAAACAAGAAAGUUCGUUAGAUGAGCAAUUAUUCGGAGUUCGAUUUAUCAAAUGGUUCUUUCCACUUCUCAAUCAACUUCAAGACUUUGGUGUGGAACAUUUUUGGCAAGAUGCCAUGCUUAAAGCUUAUAUUGUCUCGCCUUUUGAAAAUGAGGAUCUUGAUAUUGGUAGUGAUUGCAAUACUGUCAAUUUCCUAACCAAUCUAAUAGCUCAUUACAAAUUCUCUUUUCUUCCCAAUGACUCAUCAGUGCAAUGCAAGCAAGAAGCUCAUGGUUUGAUCAAGAUAAGUGUUAAAGGCACUGUGCACCAACAUAAUAACAACCCUAUAGGGCUGUUUGAAUUCUUGUUUGGGCUCAUUCGAAACCCAGAGUAUGAAAAUAAUUAUAAAAUAAAGCAAGUUCUUUUAUCUAUGAAUGUGAACGUAGCUUUCAAAAAUUUGUUACCAUCAACGUAAUAAUUGAAAUUUUAUUGAUGACUGAAAGUAUCAGAACUAUGAAUAUUCCUUUUUUAAUCUCACAGUGAUUACAAUUCUGUCAACUUCCUAACCAGUCUAAUAGCUCAUUACAAAUUUUCUUUUUUUUCCCCAAUGACUCAUCAGUUCAAUG